UUAUUUUCUAUUAUCGUUCUAUUUCGUUUAUCUAUUAACUGUUCUUUUCAGAGCAAAAGCCCUUCUCAUCUGAUUUUCAGAUACGUAUAUUACAAACAUGUCCAAGAGAAAAUCCGAGCAGAGCGAAGCGCUCACAAUACUGCAGAAUAUUAUCACAUUUUGCGAGAAUGAAAAGGCGGCAGGAAGAUAUACAUUUUGUGUUGACCAGGUUAUAAGUCGUGUGGCAGCAAUGACAGGGAAAUCCGAGAGAACAAUUCGGCGAAUUAAACUGACGCUUUGCAAUAAGGAAAAUGAGCCACCUCAGGCCGAAGCACAAUCUUCAUCGAUGGAUAUUGUUAAAACUAGCUUCGUUAAAAGGUCACCUCGGAUUUUGUUAGAUGAUACAGACAGAUGUGUACUUCGCAAUAAAAUUCAUUCUUUAUAUACAGUUGAUAAGACAGUCCCAACUCUAAAUGUGUUACAUGCCUUCAUGGUAAAUGAAACCCAAUUCAAAGGUUCGAAAGAGACGUUACGGAACAUUUUAAUUGAUAUGGGAUUUAAAUAUAAAAAGAGUGAGUCUAAUAGAAAAUAUUUGAUGGAGCGAUAUGAUAUUGUUGCGUGGAGAGCUCGUUAUUUACGUUUCCUAAAAGCCAAUGAUGAACUUGGUGAAAAUAAGAGACCUGCUGUAUAUUUGGAUGAAAGCUACGUACAUAAAAAUUAUACUGUUUCGAAAUGUUGGCAAGGUCCUGAUGAACAUGGAGUUUUGAAAAAAGAUGGAACUGGUCAACGAUGGAUAAUUGCUCAUUGUGGAGGCAGUAUGGGUUUUAUUAAGAACGGUUUCCUUUUAUUUAAAUCAAAAACAAAAAGUGGUGAUUAUCAUGACGAAAUGAAUUUUGAGAACUUUUCAAAAUGGUUCAAAACACAAGUGCUACCAAAUUUACCGGAUAAUUCAAUAAUCGUUAUGGACAAUGCGCCUUACCAUUCAGUACAAAUACAUAGGCCUCCUACUUCUUCAUCAAAGAAAAAUGAUAUAGUCUGUUGGCUACAAUCGAUGAACAUACCAUACCAUCCACAUAUGUUAAAAUGCGAGCUACUAGAAAUCGUUAGGAGGUACAAACCAUCACCACAGUAUGUAAUUGAUGAGUAUGCAAAAUCGAAGGGUCAUACUGUAUUACGCCUUCCUCCGUAUCACUGUGACCUGAAUCCAAUAGAGCUAAUUUGGAGUAUGGUGAAGAGAAAAAUAGCCUCUCGUAAUAUUGGAUUAAUAAAUAUGGAAAAUCUAAUUCACGAGGCAGUAAAUCAAAUAACUCCAGAAUUAUGGAGAGAAGAAUUACCAGCAUUAACGUUGGGCGAAUUAAUUCGUACGAAGCAAAUAUCUAGUAAACGUGUCAUUGAAACUUAUAUAAAUCGAAUAAAAGAAGUAAAUCCAAUAUUAAACGCUAUUGUAGAAGAACGAUUUGACGCUGCCUUAACAGACGCUAUUAAUGUCGACAAAUUUUUAAGCGACACUAUGUUAAAUGAAAAUGAAUUAAAAUGUAAUUACCCUCUUUUAGGGUUACCUAUAACAAUAAAAGAAACGGUUGGGUUAAAAGGUUUAAGUUUUAACGGUGGGGUUAAAACGAAACAUUUAAAAAUUGCUAAAAACGAUAACGAUGCAAUUAAACAAAUUAAAACAGCUGGUGGAAUUCCUUUAUUAGUUUCUAAUACACCGGAAUUGUGUUUAAAUUGGGAAACAUGUAAUAAACAAACUGGUAUUACAGUUAAUCCUUAUGAUACAAGAAGAACUUGUGGUGGAUCAUCAGGAGGAGAAGCUGUUCUUCUAUCAACUGCAUCAUCCAUAUUGGGACUUGGUUCAGAUCUUUGUGGUUCAAUAAGAUUACCGUCACAUUUUUGCGGAAUUUUCGGUCAUAAACCAACCGGAAAUUGUGUUUCAAUAAACGAAACUAUACCUUACACAAAUAAACCAAACCCUCUAUUUAACAUCGCAUUCACAGUUGGACCAUUAACUCGUUAUGCCUGCGAUUUAAAUUUGUUAUUUGAUGUUAUUUUAAAGCCGGAAAUGAAAGUUAAUUUCCCGCAAAUAGAUGUUCCCGUAAAAACUAUUACGAUUUAUUAUAUGGAAUUUGAUGGAAACGCUUGUAUGACUCAUGUGGUUCAAAAUGAAAUUGUUCGAACAAUGAGAAGAGUUAUUGAACAGUUUAAAUUAAACGGGCAUCAAACAGAAAAGGUUAAAUUAAAGCGGAUGUCUGAUUCGAUUGAUUUGGCGUUUUUGCCUUUAUUAUCAAUUUCAGGUGUACAAACCGUUUUUAAUGAUCAAAAGAGGAAUUUGUUUAAAGAAAUAAUUCUUACUUUUGUCGGUCGAUCAAAUGUUCAACCAACGACGAUUUUAUUUGCGUUGGUUUAUAAAAUAGCACAACGAUUAAUUACCAAAAGACGUCGUGAGAACAUUAUGAAAGAAAUCGAAGCUUUUCGAAAUGAUAUAAGCGAUUUACUUGGAUCAAACGGAGUUUUAUUGUAUCCUGUAUUUCCUACGGUUGCACAUUAUCAUUCGGAGAUUUAUUCGAAAACUUUGGAUACCUCUUAUUUAACGAUUUUUAAUACUUUGGGUGUUCCUGCUACUUCUUGUCCUGUUGGGGUCGACUCUAAAGGUUUACCUAUUGGGUUACAAGUGGUUGGAAAUUUUAAAAUGGAUCGUUUAUGCUUUAAAAUUGCCGAAGAAAUUGAAAGAGAAUUUGGUGGAUGGAGACAACCCCCAUUUCAAUCAACAAAUAAUUAAAAUUAACGGAAAAUAUAGUAAUAUUAAUAAG